AUGACUAUCCUCUUCAUUCACACCAAAUCCAUCCAUAAUGGUGUCAUAACCGCUGAUAUCUUCAAGCAGGACCGAUAUCCGCGAGCCGCUGAUGGCCUCUCGCCCGUACCAAAGGUGGAACAGCCUCCAGUUCCUGCACACAUCGCGUUCGAGCUCCCACCUCCUCGACCACCAGGCGCUGCCCAGACGGAGCGCUCUCUGCACAAUUUGACGACAGACAUGAAGAGUUUGAUGAAGAAAAUUCAAGAUUUAAGCCACCUUGGCAUUGAAGACCAGCAGAUUACACUCCCCAAGAUAUGCGUGGUUGGUGACCAGAGCACCGGCAAGAGUUCUUUGAUUGAAGCCAUCUCUGAGAUCCAGGUCCCCCGGGCCGAGGGCACUUGUACUCGGUGUCCGCUGGAGAUAAAUCUAACCCAAAGCGAAGAACCAUGGAAGUGUGUCAUCUUUCUAUGUUACCGCUACCAAUAUGCGCCAAAGGGUACCAACAAAUUCCAGAAGAGGAACCCACUUGGGCCAUGGGACAAGAUGCAAGAUCAAGAAAGCGACCACUUUGCCGAACUGACUGACAAGAACGAGGUCACCAAAGCCAUCUUGUGCGCACAGCUUGCCAUCUUGAACCCCCGCAUGAACCCAAAGGCAUUCACACCUGAUCAAGACCCACAGCUGUCGCACGGCGCUGAAGUCAAGUUCUCCCCGAACGCCGUUCGUCUGGACAUCUCGGGACCUGGGUAUCCGAAUCUUUCGUUCUACGACUUGCCCGGAGUGAUCAGUCAAGCCGAGCAAGAUAACGAGAGUUACUUGGUGAAUCUGGUUGAGAAUCUUGUGAAAACCUACGUCAAGCAGGAUUAUUCCAUUGUGCUAUUGACGCUGCCCAUGACAGACGACGCCACUAACUCGAGUGCCGCUCGUCUCGUCCGCGAUAUCCCAGGUGCAAAGGAGCGUACCCUGGGUGUCCUGACCAAGCCGGAUCGUCGUUCAAUGCGGGAGUCUUUUGGCCCGUGGGAGGAGAUAUUGCAAGGAGUGAACUUCAAACUCGGUCAUGGAUACUACGUGGUCCGCAACAAUCCGGAUAUCAACGUUGAUCACGAACAGGCACGCAUGGAAGAACGGCUGUUCUUCGCCGGAGAACCGUGGUCGACUCGGUUGACUGCCCUUGAAGAACGCUUUGGGGUCAAGAAUGUGGUUACGGCGCUUUCAGACCUCUUGAAACGCCAGAUUAUUGGCUCUCUGCCUUCCAUUGUCGCCAAGAUUGAUAAAAAGUUGAAAUCUAUCGACGAAGAGCUAGAGCGAUUGCCUAACCCACCCACUGAAGAUGUUCAGAGAAUUCUUUGGGGCAAGAUCACCGACUUGGAGCGGAGGAUCCAUGAGCUCUUCGAUGGUACAUCGCCUCUGAAAGCGCAGCAGACGAAGUCAGAGAGCAAACCGUUGCAGGAACAGUGGAAGAUGAUUGUGUUGGAUCUCCAAGUUGCUCUGCAGCAAACGCGUCCUGUGCUGCAGGUCAGCGCGCAGAAGGACAAGGAGGAUCUCGCUGAACAUCUUCAUGAGGAGUAUGAAGUGCUCAUCAUCGAGUCUAAAUCCUCGCCCGCCAAAAAGCGCAGGGCGACAGCAGAGGCUACGCAAGAGGAGAUGCGGACCAAGUCGCCAUCUCCAAAGAACAGCAGCCCAUAUGCGACGCCUUAUUUUGAAGGCUACAAACCUGCGCACUUUUCUCUACAUCACCUAUCCGAGCUUAAGAACCGCUCGCACAUGUUUGGCGUUCCCAACCAGCUCGAUCCCCGAGCUAUUGAAACCUUGAACCAGAAAACCGUUAAACACUGGGAUUCCCUUCUUGAAACAUUCCUCAAGGCCGCCCACGGUCUUGUACAUGGAAUGUUACUCGAAGCGCUGGAGAGCGAGUUUGUUCAAUAUCACCAAACAGGGUUGUAUCAAGAGCUGAGCAAGAUCUUGAAGAAAUACAUGCUGCAGGUUCGCACAUCUCACCUCAAGACAUCAAAGGAUUGGUGCAAAUCCGAACUAGAGGUCCCCUUUACUAUGUCCCAAGAACUCCACCAAGUUCUUAUGGCGAAGUCAUUGAAGGAGCUCCAAAGCCGCCGAAACAACUCGCGGGCCAGUACCUACCUUCAGAACCGCGGUGUUGAUUUGAAUGAUGAAAAGAUCGGGAUCAAGAUAAAGAGGGUGAUUGACGAAGACUUGCUUGGGGCAGAUAGAUACUCGGAAGAGAUCAAGAUGAUGGCAGUAUGUGUUGAGAACCAAGGGGACUAA